UGUGAAUCAUAUUGACAUAUCGUUUGCAACUGUCAGCAGCAGCAGAGAAACUUCUUUGUGUUUCAGUUAACUUUCGUGCUUAAACUCGAAGAAACCGUUUAGUAUCCUUUGAAAAUGUCUUCUCGCAAAACUGUUGGACGUCGUGGAACCACGAAGAAGCGUGCCCAGAGGGCAACCUCUAAUGUGUUUGCUAUGUUUGAUCAGGCUCAGAUCGCUGAAUUUAAAGAGGCUUUCAAUAUGAUUGAUCAAAACCAUGACGGUUUCGUGGAUAAGGAAGAUUUGCAUGACAUGUUGGCCUCCCUGGGCAAGAAUCCUACUGAUGAUUACUUAGAUGGCAUGAUGAAUGAAGCCCCAGGCCCAAUCAAUUUUACAAUGUUCUUGACUUUGUUUGGAGAGCGGUUGCAGGGCACUGACCCAGAGGAUGUGAUUAAGAAUGCAUUUGGGUGUUUUGAUGAGGAAAACCAGGGGGUUAUGAAUGAAGAGCGCCUUAGAGAAUUGCUGACCUCUAUGGGUGAUCGAUUCACUGAUGAUGAGGUUGAUGAGAUGUACAGGGAAGCUCCAAUCAAGGGAGGUCUGUUUGACUAUGUGGAAUUCACUCGCAUUUUGAAGCAUGGAGCUAAGGAUAAAGAUGAGCAAUAAGUUAUUAAUAUUACCAUGGGUUUACUACUAUUUAGGUUUAACUAUUUUAAAGGAGAGCAAAAAAAAAUGAACUUCAUAUAUUCAGA